AUCAGAGAGUGCACGCGUUUAAUAUUUUACGAUAAUUGUGGUUUAUUGUUGAUUGUUGAUUGUUCGGAGUUUUGUAAUUUUGUGGUAAUUUGUAGAUUAAUAAGAUAUUUUCGAUUAUGGCUAUGUCACCAAAUUUUGAUUUAAAGGAGAGACUAGAUAUUUGUUUCAAAAAUGAAACGACUCUGAAUCCAUUAUGCAGAAGUAUAUCUUCCGAAAUAGAAUCAGGUUCAAUGAAACUUAGCACAUUUGUGGAAACAUUAGGCUUAUAUAUGACAGAUCAAAAUGUCCUCACAAGAGAAAAAGGGGUUGCAGCUCUUUCUUUUGUCUUGUCACAGCUACCUCAAGAUUAUCUUACCGAGUCAGAAUUGUAUUUUAUUACAAUGUUUUAUUGUGAUAGGACAAAGGAUCAUUAUAAUAUUAUACCAUCUGUGUUGAAUGGUAUUUUAGCACUUAUAAACAUGACUCAUUUACCUCAAAAUGCACCAUCGUCACUGUUAAGAGUUAUGUUUGAGCAUAUUCAAUGUCAAUCUCAGUUAUUAUCAGAACGUUACAAAAUAUAUGUAAUAUUCAAAAUCUUAAUAGAAAACAAGCUAGAUGAUUUGAAAUCUAUGGGAUCAGAUUUAGUUUAUGGUAUUAUUAAUUCUAUCGAUGGUGAAAGAGAUCCAAACAAUCUUAUGUUAUUGUUUAGUGUAUUACCACAUUUUAUAAAAAAAUUUCCAUUGGAACAUUUAAUCGAAGAAAUGUUUGAAGUUAUGGCAUGUUAUUUUCCAGUUGAUUUCAAUCCUUCUGGCACGGAGGAUAUAAAUGUGACACGGGAAGAUUUGGCAAAAAGAUUGACUCCCUGCUUAUGCAUUAUUCCAGAGUUUGCUGAUUAUUGUAUUCCUCUUAUAAUUGACAAAUUAUAUUCCACACAUAGGAUUGCUAAACUUGAUUCUUUAAGUCUAUUGUGCGAAGGUGUUCAAACAUUUGGACUGUUGAAAGUGAAAUCGUAUCUAUCAGAAUUAUGGACAAUUUUAAAGAAAGAAAUUAUGCCAGGAAAGGACGUCGAAAUAAAAAAUGCUGCUUUAGAAGCAAUAACAUCUUUAAUUAAAGUUAUAUCAGUCGAUGAAGCAGUUUGCAAAAACUUCAUCGAUCAAAUAAUUAUUGACAUAAAAUUGUUCCUCUCCGAUGUUCAACUUACUUUUUAUAAACCUGCUCAGAGAUUAUUGGAGACUAUAGCAAUAAUUAGUAAAACAAUAUGUGUGCAAAUCUUGCAAGCUGUAAUACCUUUAUGUAUCGGUCAAUACUCUACGAGCAAUUCCUCAAAUGAUAAAAUUAUAUUGAUAGAAACUUUAAAUAAUUUUGUGAAAAUUUCUUCUUAUUAUGGCUUUUGUAUUCAAGAUAUUCCAGAACUAACGUGGACGAGUAUACUUCAAAUAUAUUUAGAUGGUUUGACAGUUGAGAAUGUAGACUUGAAAAACAAAAUAUUUGUUGGUUUAACAAUCCAAAAGGCUUAUCUAAACAACAUGCAACGCACUACAUUCUAUAAUGCAAUAUGCGAUGAAAUUGAAACGGGUUGCGUCGAAAUACAGAUUAUGUGUCAUACAGCUAUUAUAGAUUUUGCUACAUUGUAUCUCCAAGAAAUAUUAUCGCUAAUAAAAGACAGAUUAUUAUCAAAUAUGGAUGAAACUAGAGUAGAAAUACUGAAACAUAGGAUAAAAGCUUUGAUAGCAGUCGCAAAGAUAUAUGAAUUAGGUUAUGUAAUUCUCCCACAAAUUGUCACAUUAUCAACAAGCAAUAUUAAUAUUGACAUAUGUAUUACAGCAUUACUAAAUAUCCAGAAAUUAAUUGCUUCGAAGAAAUCUGAUUUCAAUAUACAUCGAUUUCUAUAUAAGGAAUGUCACAUUAUUGAUAAAUUAAUUUCAUACAAGACAAAUGUGAUGGAUUAUAAAAUGUUGAUAUCUAAUGUUUGCCAAUUAAUUGUACGAAAUCUUACAAUUGAAGAACAAUGCACAAUUGUAGCAAAGUAUGCUGUGGCUUUAAAUACAAAAACUUUGGAAACUGAUAUAACUAUAAUAAUGAAUCUUUUCAUUCCUUUACGGAAAGAUAUCAAUUUGAAUAUUAGCAAUGAUAUGAUGGAAAAUUUGUAUGAUCUAGCAAUCAACAGUUGCAGUCCAGAUAUAAAGCAAACAAGCUGUAAAUUUUUAUCGGUUUUAUUAAAUAAAAUGGAGAUAGAAGAUCUUAAUCAAAUUGUACCUUAUCUCGAAGACAAGAUAGAUAAUAAUUUAAAAGCGGAUAAUGAUAUCGAACUAAAGCAGAAUACAAUUAACCUUCAAAUUUGGAUAACUAAAGCAUUUGUUACGAGAGGAUAUGGCAAGUCUCAAUAUUUUUUGGAGAAUCUUACGCAUCUAUUAAUUCACGACGAAGUGGGUCAAUUUGUAAGCAAACAAUAUCAAAUUUUAGUGAAUAAAUAUGAAAAUACUUUAAUAGAGGAAAAUUUCUGCAAUAUAAAAAUUUUUUAUAAACAAAGAGUGUUUGAAUAUUUGUUGCAACAAAUUAUUAGUUUUACAAGCUCAAGUAGGCAGAAUUACCUUAUUGCUUUAGUACAUUUAUUGGAACAAAUGCCUGAAGAAUUGUUAUUUUUGCAUUUGACAGAGUUGGUGCCAUUGUUGAUCGAAUCUCUAGCUCUUAGCAAUGAGCAUUUAAUUCUUUGGACUUUGACGUCGCUUAAACUUUUACUCAAUACAAAACAUGACAUAUUUUUUGAUAAUAUACAGUGUGUCAUACCAAGACUUGUGCAACUAUCAGCACAUCGAAUUAUGGGUAUUAGAAUCGCGGCUCUGAAAUGCUUGGCGCAUUACGCCUAUUAUCCCACUGUUUUCAUCAAUCCAUACAAGCAAGUUGUAUUAGACAAAUUGGGAGUAAUAAUUGAUGAUCGCAAACGUUUAGUCAGAAAGGCUGCCGUGGAAGCGAGAAUACGAUGGUUUAUAGCAGGUGCAUCUGCAGGUGCAGGGUCCAAAGAGUGAAUAAUAUUGCAGCUUAGUUUUAUGUAUAAAUUUAUCUAAUAUAUGAUUAUAUAUAUUUUAUAUUUUUUGCUUAUUUUAUAUAUUCUGAAAAAUGUAAAUUUCUUAUUGUUAAAUAUUUUUUUAAUAUAAAGAAAUGAUAUUUAUAAAUUGA